AUGGACGCUGAUACGCUACCAGUUGGACUCCAGGAGCUCGCCGGUUUUGGCAGAGGACUUACUCAGUCUCAGAAGUCCUCAAUCCACACAUCGCUUAUCAUUACUCAAUCACAGAACAAAUUCAGCGCCAUUAGAUUCUGGGGUACCAUCAGUGGAAUCAAAGAGGACUACUUCAUCGUAUAUGGUAUAAAUAAGGAUGAACUCAAUGGAAGGAAAUACAUGUACAGCCUUAACUGCAUGGACUGGCAUUUGCUCCAGGAUCCGUCAGAAGAAACUAUGACCAAGACUGACGUUAUCCGAGGCCGAUUUAUUGGAGAUCCAAGUUAUGAGUAUGAACACGUUGACGUCCAGCGAAUCGGCGAAGGUGAUGACGCUCAUGAUGAAGAAACUGUUUUCACCAUCAAGGAGGAAGAUCGACUGUCCGCGAUUGUCCACCGAAUCACCGCCGAAUUCAUCGUUCCCCGGGGCGCACUCCUCCAAGCUCCCAACGGCGUCGUUUACAAAAACAACGGAUACUUUGGACACAACGAAUCUGACAGUGCUCAUUUGUCGACUUGGUUUCACUUCCGAAAGGACGCCAAGCACGUCGUUCCCAAAGUCACCGACUUUGCUGAUGCUGACCCCGCAGUCGACUUCUUGGCGACGAUCGAAAACGACAUUCCAAACGGCAUUUGGUCCGUCCAGAACCAAAAUGGCAAGAGCAUAAUUUUGAAAAACCUUCACUGGAUUGGUCUUGUUGCUUACACCGUCCCUGACACUCGACUUUACGGAUGCGCUUACUUCGGAACUGGUGAGCCCAACUACGAUCUUCCCUUCAUGCUCUGA